CUCUCCUCUACCAGACACAAAUACAGACGGAAACAGACGGUGUGCUUCGCUGCUGGAUCUCUCUGCCUCUCCUCAGAAUAAACUGACUCAAAACGGGCACGAUAUUUGUUCAUAAGUAGUGCUGAUCUUGUGUGUCUUCUCACGAGAUAAGCGGCAAGCAGCGGUGUCUAUCCGGGUGGAGCAAGGUGUCUGUUAGUAUCAGAAGAUUUGUCACAGCAAACCUGGCUUUUCUCAAGGACAAGAGCGCUUAGCUUGCUUUACAGUAAUCUUUUUUCACCUUUUGUCCGUGAUUCUGGCGGUUCCGAGAAGAUGGCAACCCCCGCUCAUUGCUAUUACUGCUUUGAGUGCCUCGCCGCCUCGUAUAAAGGUCAAGAGCACAUUAGCCUCACAGCCGUGGAGGAGCUAUGGGAACGAUACGAGCAAUUUAAGAAAGUUUCCGCUCUCCAGGACAACGAUGAGUCGGUUACUCUGAGGGAGAGCGCGAGUCUUGGCCUGCAGUCUGGAGAUGACGAUGAUGACAUAGACGAUGUAUCCUCUAAGCCCAAGAACGGCCCCCGGGGACUGAAGUUACCAAAUAUCAGUCGCCUCCAGAGCCAGGCCUCGUCGGAUUCGAGCUCCGCUACCACGCCCUCGAGUAAUUCCUCACACUCAGGCCUAUCUAGUUCCACUCCUACUACUACCAUGACCACACCAAGCUCACAGUCGCUGCAGUCCGAUGCGAGCGGCUUGAGACGUCAAAGGGCAAAAGAUCUGCAGUAUCCGUUAUUUGUAACUUGGAACACUCUCUCCAGGAGCGGCCGUAAGUCACUUCGCGGUUGUAUUGGCACUUUCGAGGCGCAGGAGCUUGCUGCAGGCUUAGAGUCCUACGCUAUCACUUCUGCGUUCGAAGAUACCCGUUUUACUCCAAUUCCAGCCGCCGCUAUACCCACCCUGUCAUGCUCUUUAACCCUCCUUGGAUCCUUUGAGCCCUGCACUAACGCUCUAGAUUGGGCUCUCGGGGUCCAUGGAAUCCGUAUCUCUUUUAUUAACCGCGGUCGACGCUACGGUGCAACCUACCUACCGGACGUCCCUGUGGAGCAAGGAUGGACCAAAGAGCAGACAUUGAAAAGCUUGAUGGAGAAAGCAGGCUGGGAUGGUGGCCACGAAAGCAUGACUAGGAGAUUUCUAAGAGGUAGCAGCAGUGGAGGUCACACCUCUAACUCCAACAAGCCAUGGGAGCAAGUCUCCGACUUCCGAGUCGUCAAGUAUCAAGGGUUGAAGGCCUCCGCGAGCUACGCCGAAUGGCAGGAAUGGCGGCAGUGGGUUCUCUCUCUGGGCGAUGGGAGUGAGAAAUUGUUGGGUCCAGCUGUAUGAACAAAUAUGAUGAUGGUCUGGUUUCUAUUCUGCGAGUGAUAUUUUCUAGCCUGUGACCCGAGGAGCGCAUUUUGGAGACCACCUAUCUAUUUGGUUAAUGAUAUGAUGGUGUUAAUGAAGAGGUAAUGGCGUGUUUGGGUUAAUUAUUAUUUAGGGUCUGCAUGGUUUUUCUGAUAUUUAGAUCCCGAAAUUGAGGCAUAUCAACGUCUAAUUCAAUCCCUCAAUUUUAUUAUCGUA